UUGGCCACGCGUCGGAUGGCUAACGGCUGCCACGCCAUCAGUAACGAUAAACGGAUAACAAUAAAGGAGGAAGAUGAAUGCCGGACGCUCGCGCGGGAAGGAGAGAGGAGAAUGGCGGGAUUCUGCCUGCAACUGGAUUGCUUGGGCGUCCGCAGAAAUUUUGUGAUGGCUAUGGGGAAGGAAGGGAAGGGGAGAGGUAAAAUUGAGAGGGUUGAGCUUCCGGAGAAGGUGAGGACUUCGAGGGUUCUGAUAAUUGGGGGAACUGGCAGAGUGGGCGGUUCUACUGCCAUUGCGCUUUCCAAAUUCUGUCCCGAUCUUCGCAUCGUUGUUGGCGGACGGAACAGGGAUAGAGGCGCGGCAAUGGUGAAUAAAUUGGGGAACAACGCUGAGUUCUGUGAAAUUGAUGUCAACGAUAGCAAAUCGUUGGAUGUAGCUUUGAAGGAUGUGGAUCUCGUCGUUCAUACUGCUGGCCCAUUUCAGCAAGCUAAAAACUGCGCUGUGCUUGAAGCUGCAAUUCAGAACAAGACAUCAUAUCUUGAUGUCUGUGAUGAUACAAGCUAUGCCUGGCGUUCGAAAUCCUACAUGGACAGAGCAAUCGAUGCGAAUAUUCCAGCAAUAAUAACUGGGGGAAUUUAUCCAGGAGUGAGCAACGUGAUGGCAGCUGAACUUGUUCGUGCUGCCAACAGCGAAGAUAACGGUGAACCAAAGAGGCUGAGAUUCUACUACUAUACUGCCGGUUCUGGUGGUGCCGGACCAACAAUAUUAUCGACUAGCUUUUUACUUCUGGGCGAAGAAGUUGUUGCUUAUAAUAAAGGAGAGAAAAUCAAAUUGAAGCCUUAUAGUGGAAUGCUGAACAUUGAUUUUGGACAAGGGAUUGGAAAGAAGGAUGUUUUCCUCUUGAACCUACCGGAGGUGAGAAGCGUUCAUGAAAUUCUCGGGGUCCCAACUGUUAGCGCACGCUUUGGAACUUCUCCAUUCUUCUGGAACUGGGGAAUGGUAGCCAUGACAUAUUUGCUUCCACCUGAAACAUUGAGGGAUAGAGGUAAAGUUCAGCAGCUUGUUGAAUUAUUUGAUCCUUUAGUCAGGGCCGUCGAUGGAAUAGCUGGAGAGAAAGUCUCCAUGAGGGUCGACUUGGAUGGUUCAGAUGGAAGAACUAGAAUAGGGAUUUUCAGCCACAAAAAGCUAUCUGAAUCAGUAGGGAAUGCAACAGCAGCAUUUGUGCUGGCAAUGCUGGAGGGAAGCACACAACCUGGGGUUUGGUUUCCUGAAGAGCCCGAAGGCAUCGCAAUUGAGGCAAGGGAGGCUCUCCUCAGCCGCUCUGCGCAAGGGACGACUAAUUUCAUCAUGAAUAAGGCUCCAUGGAUGGUUGAAACAGAUCCUAAAGAAGUAGGUUUUGGAAUUUAUGUAUAAGCAAAGAUGUUCUCAAGCAUGUUUAAGCUGCAGAGUUGGUCGUUACAUAAGCUUAUCGAAGCUGCUUGGAGUGGAGAACUGCUGGGCAGCGGAUUAUUACUAUUGCUAGAGGAUGGGUUUGUCACAGUUUCAGUAUCAUUGUUGAAAGAUUGGGUAAAUGCAGAACGGCA